CACAUACACAUGCUCUUGCUAGUAGAUUUGACAAUUCUUAUGUCUCUUAUCUCUUUCCCUUCAUUGGAAUGAAGUAAAAACAUUUUUGUUAAAAUUUCUAUAAAAAUUCCUUGGUACCGUCUUAGACAUUCGGAAUACGGGAGAAGGGAAUAGCGCGCUUAUCGAGAACAUAAUCGAUCAACCGAUCCACACGUAAAUAUUGGAUAAAACGAUGUCAACCGGUAGUACUGGCUCCAUAUUUCCAAAAUGGCAAUUAGCUGUAUUGCUAGGUGCUCCAAUCGCUAUUGGAAUCGGAUAUUUGUAUUAUCGAAGACAAACCGAAUGUCUAGAAGACGAACCCGGCAACAAAACGAAAAAGUCAAUCGGCAAUCUGAAAGGACAGACCAUUUCGUUGGAUGGAGACGAUAAGCUAACACAAGAACAACCGGAAAAUGUUGCAAAGAAAGCGAUCGAACUGAGUCCACUGGAAGUGGCCACAGCACACAAAAACGAAGGAAAUGUUUGCUUCAAAAAGGGAAAAUACGACGAAGCAAUUGAAUGGUACGACAAAGCAAUUGAGGUAUGCCCUUCAACCAGUGCCGUCGACCUAUCAACAUUCUACCAAAAUCGGGCAGCUGCCUACGAACAAUUGAAAAAAUGGACGUCCGUGCGAGAUGACUGUUCCAAGGCAUUGGAGUUGAACUCGAAAUAUGUGAAAGCGUUGCACAGACGUGCUCGGGCAUAUGAACAUUUGAACGAUUUUUCGUCGAGUUUGGAAGAUGUAACUGCGACAUGCAUUCUGGAAAGCUUCCAAAACAACAGCACAUUGGCCUUUGCUGAUCGCAUUCUAAAACAAAUGGGUCGAAAUGAUGCCCGCAAGGCAAUGGAAACCAGACAGCCAACCGUACCAUCGGCAAACUUCAUUAAAACAUAUUUUGCUUCAUUCACCAACGAUCCCAUAAGGAAGGUAAUUGUGGCCAGUACCGAUCCGAAAGGUUUCGUAAAGGCGAAAAUGGCGCUCGACUCACAGAAAUAUGACGAGAUAGUACCGGCGUGCACCGAAGAAAUUGAGUCCAGUGAAUCAGAGUCUGAGUACAAAAUGGAAGCGACGUUACUACGAGGAACAUUCUACUUACUAACGGGAUUAGUAGCCGAGGCCUUAGCUGAUUUCGAUACGCUGAUCAAAAACGACGAUAUCAAUGUUGCGUUGAGGGUGAAUGCGUUGAUUAAGAAAGCUUCGUUGAAUGUACAAAGCGAUAACGCCGAAAAGGGUUUUGAGUAUUUUAGUGAAGCGGAAAAAUUGGACUCAAAGAAUGCAGACAUCUAUCAUCAACGCGGACAGGUGUACAUCCUACUCGAACGGUUAGAAGAUGCGGCUAAAGAAUUUGCGAUGGCAGUAAAAUUAGCCCCCGAACAGGGAAUGACAUACAUUCAGAAAUGCUAUGCCGAAUACAGACUCGCCUUUGUGACCCAAAAUCAAGUAGCCUUAUUCACGGUGAUGAAUGACUUCAACAAUGCUAUUACCAAAUUUCCCGACUGCGUUGAGAGCUACAGUGUUAUGGCCCAAGUACUUACCGAACAGCAACAAUUCGAUCAGGCCGAUUCCUUCUUCGACAAAGCGAUUAAAAUAGCUCCGAACAUGGCUUCACUGUACGUGCACAGAGGAAUCAUGCAAUUGCAAUGGAAUGGUGACGUACACAAAGCUGUCGAUUACAUGCAUACUGCCAUAAAGGUCGAUGAGAAAUGCGAACUGGCCUUCGAAACACUGGGCACAAUUGAAGUUCAGCGAGGCAAUUUGGAGAGGGCCGUUGAACUGUUCGAGAAAGCGUUGAAACUAGCAAAGUCAGAACCCGAAAUGGUGCACCUGUAUGCACUGCGUAAUGCUGCUGUGGCGCAAAUAAAUGUGGCUAAAAAGUUAGGAAUUGAUAUGUCCAGUUUGUCGGCCUUGGCCAGUGGAAUGCAAUAAAUAGUUUCGUCUGAGAGAUCGGUUGAUUUGAGUUUUAGUGCGUAAGCUUCGACUUUUCCUUUUUGUGACAUUUUUUUUGCUUUGGUUGGAAUCAAUCUCGUUAUGUUAUGUUAAAUCAACGAACUAAACACCGCAUAUGUUGUGAAUUUGACAUUCGCUCUUCUAGUUUCCCAAUGAUUCGGAAUUGGCUAUAGUCAAAAUUAAAACCAUUUGUUAUUUGA